AUGUCUUUUGGACGUCCUCGUGGAGGUAAUGGCAAAGGCUCACGUGGAUCUGGCGGUGGACGCGGUAAUGUAUUCAACAGAUCUGGAGGUGGUGGAUUCGGUAGAGGCGGAUCUCGUGGGGGCCGUGGUACAUUUGAUCAGGGACCACCCGAACGUGUUAUUGCAUUGGGAAACUUCAGUUAUAUAUGCCAGAAUGAUUUAAUUUGUAAAGUGGAUAUAGACGAUGUACCAUAUUUCAAUGCACCAAUAUUUCUGGAAAAUAAGGAGCAGAUCGGGAAAAUUGACGAAAUUUUCGGAACAGUUCGAGACUACUCUGUUUCCAUAAAGCUGUCUGAUAAUAUAUAUGCUAAUAGCUUUAAGCCAAAUCAAACAUUGUUCAUUGACCCUGGGAAGCUGCUGCCGAUUUCAAGAUUUCUGCCUAAGCCACCACAGAAAAAAGGUCAAAAAAAACGAGGCGGUUCUAGUGGAGGUGUAAGAGGUGGACGUGUUGGAGCCAUGGGAAACCGUGGAGGACGUGGCGGCGGUGGAUUUAGAGGUGGCUCAAUUCGUGGAGGAUUUAAUAGGGGACGUGGUGGCGGAGGGGGAGGACGUGGACGUUGGUAACAAAAAAUCAAAUGC